AUGUCCACCACGUCAUCAACGUCUGGAACCACCAGCAUUGUAUCACGGCGUAUCCUCCCAGCAAGACAAACGCGUACCAAAGUAGCUACUUAUAAUGAUGUCAUCAAUUCUUCAGAGGAAUUCCUCAUUGAGAAAGCUUUUAUCAAUUAUUAUAAACGCAAUUCCAGGGAUGCUGGAUAUGGUAUUGGUAGCAAGCGCGCUAAAUUUUACAAAGAUGAGAACUACAACCCGUCUGAUUCUCGAGCCCCCAAACAAUUCAAUACCUCAACUACUUUCCUUACUGGCUUUACAUAUGAUAUAGCUAUGCAACGCCACUUCAGUUUGGUACGUAAUGAGGAUCAUCCGGAAAACCCUUGGAGAACGUUUAAGGUGUUUAAUAUAUUUGAGUUUCAUGGAUUGGUCCAACAUUGUAAAAGAAUCAUUGGGCGACGGGCAACGAGAGAAGAGGUCUUGUUAGCUCAUAAUAUUCAUCAUUAUAGAAAGAUGCGAGAUACGAUUUGGCUUAAAACACGUAAAGAAUACUUGGUGGCCCAGAACCAAUAUGAGUCCAUUUAUCUCAAUUGCAAUUCAUAUGAUUCAGCUCUGCUAGCGGCAGGAAGUUUGAUUGAAGUCACAAUAGCUGUUAUCCAACGUAAAAUUAAGAAUGCAUUUGCAAUCAUUAGACCCCCUGGACACCAUGCCACCUUCGAUAUAGCUAAAGGCUUUUGUAUAUUUAAUAAUGUGGCUAUCGCAUCGAUGAAUUUGGUCAAGAAUCACGGCGUUAAGAAGGUUUUAAUUGUUGAUUGGGAUAUUCAUUUUGGUAAUGGGACACAAAAUAUAUUCGCUGAGGACCCUAAUGUGCUUUACUUGUCAUUACAUCGUUAUGAGGAUAGCCAAUUUUACCCUGGGGAUAUAAGAGGAGCAGCGGAAAAUGCAGGUCACGGUGAAGGUGAAGUGUCCGCUGGAUUUGAUGCUGCUGUUAAUGACCCUAUUGGCAAUUGUCUCCUCACACCUGCAGCCUAUGGCCAAAUGACAUAUAUGCUAAAAAAUAUCGCAGAUGGAAGGUUAGUUCUCUCUUUGGAAGGAGGCUAUGAUUUGCAUUCUAUUGCACUAUCAGCAUAUGAAUGUAUGCAAGUGCUUAUGGGUGCAGAGCCAGAUCCUAUUGAAGCAAGUCUGGCGCCUCAGAACGGAUGCAUAGAGGCAAUUGAUUUAGUAAAGAGAAUUCAAAAGAAGUAUUGGAAAUGUCUACAAGACGAAGUAUCAACAUCAAGUUGA